AUGGAUGUCUUCCGCAACCUUGUCGAGAAGGACUCUGCGCGCGAUGGUGGCCUGGAAGAGGACGCGGAGAAGAAGCUCACCUGGAAUGAGCCUAGCAUGCUCGAGAAUCGAGCUGCGUGGGCGAUUGACGAGGUCAUGGACUUCUUCGACGUCUUGCGCAAAGGCUGCACGUUCGGCGGCACCAAAAAGUCGAAGGAGGUGGCUUUCGGGAAGCGGAAGCCAGCAGAACCGAGUGAAAGGACAGGAAGACAUUCGCAAAGCGCACGGUCAAGCACGGUGCUGGACUUCUUCGGCCUUGACCACGGGGAUACUUCAGCGAAGGAGAACAGGUCGAGCGUUCCUUCUCGACAGGCACGGCAGGAUUCGCAUGAAGCAAAAGGGCCAGGCUACAAGAAGGAGAAAGCAGGGGGCCAGGCCAAAGAGUCCAAAGCCGAAGGAUUGGAGGAUGGAGAGACGCCAGCGCGGAAGCGUGAGGCCGUUGCAGCUCUGCGCCGGCGGCACCGAAUCCACGUGAGCCCUGGCUCUCCUGACCCCGUGGAGUCCUUCGAGACAAUGCCAAGCAGGGGAGUUCCACCCUGGCUGAUCCGGAAUCUCACCUCCUUGGGCUUCUCCCAGCCAACUCCGAUUCAGAUGCAGUGUUUCCCCGCCAUUAUGUCGGGAAGCCAUGUCCUCGCUUCGGCUCCGACGGGUAGUGGCAAGACCAUUGCCUUCUUGGGACCGAUUCUGGCCCUGCUGGCCAAGCCCGGGAAGGAGUUCGCACGCGCUUUGGUCGUUGAUCCUUCCAGAGAGUUGGCAAAACAAACGCUCGACGAGUUUGCAAAACUUACGGCCGGACGCAAAUGGAAUGGCCGCCUGGUGGACAAGCUCUCCGGCGACAAGGCGGGCAACAUCAAACGACUCGAUGUUGCAGUGGCCACUCCGCUUCGGCUAGUGCAGCUGCUCCGCGACAAUCGCAUAUCCUUGGACGCCACGAAGCAUCUGGUUUUUGACGAAGCAGACAAGCUACUGGACUUGGGCUUUGCACCUCAGGUGGACGAGCUCCUCACUUUCUGCCCCAAAGAGCAGGGCAGACUGAUGCAAACCAUGAUGUUUUCAGCGACUCUUCCCCCAGUAGUGGUGGACCUUGCUGGCUCCAUUCUGACUUCCCCACUGCGGAUCAGCAUCGGGGACAUCAAUGCAGCAGCUCCAGAUGUUGAACAGAAACUGCUUUUCAUCACCAGCGAGGAUGGGAAACUCUUCAGCUUCCGACAACUCCUCCAGGAUGGUGAAAUCAAGCCGCCGGCCUUGGUUUUCGUUCAAUCGAAGGAGAGGGCGAAGGAGCUUUUUGGUGAGCUGGUCUAUGAUGGCAUCUUUGUUGAUGCCAUUCAUGCAGACCGGACGAAGCUCCAAAGAGACAAUACGGUCAAGGCCUUUCGAGCUGGGAAGCUUUGGGUCCUCAUCUGCACGGACCUCAUGGCUCGCGGAGUGGACUUCAAAGGCGUGGAGACUGUGAUCAACUACGACUUUCCCCAGUCUGCAGCCACCUACAUCCACAGGAUCGGGCGCACCGGUCGGGCGGGCAGGAGCGGCAAGGCUAUAACGUUGUUCACCAUCGAAGAUUUUGAGUCGCUGCGGAGCAUCGUCGGGGUCAUGCGCCAAUCGGGUUGCGAAGUGCCAGAGUGGAUGCUCCGCCUGAAGGCAAAGUCAAAGAAGGAACGGCGAAUGGCGGAGUGGAGACAGCCGAAGCGCAAGCGAAUCAGCACGGUGUCCGGAUACGACCGCAAGAAGGCUCACAAGAGGCAGCAGAUGGUGGAUGCCAGCAAGAAACGGAAGCGGGAACCGACCACAUCGAUCAAGAUUCUUGAGGGCCCUCGCAUUUCUCUUCGUUGGCUACACGGGGAAUGCCUGGCAGGGCGGCCCGGCUCAGUGGCAGUCGCGGCUCACGAUGACAAGGAGUUGGUGCUCAAGCCAGAUAUCCUGCGUGCCAAGUUUGCCGUGAAGCCUUCCGAGGAGCUGGGGCUCGACAUCCAACUUGAGUUGCGAUUCUGCUGCUCGGCUUGCAACCGAGCCGUGACACUGACCGCACGUGGGCAGGUGCAUAUGUCCACUUUGUGGCGGCCUUUCGACGUGCGCUUAUCCUUUGACACUAGCUCUGGCCUACCGGCAGCAGGAUGCCGCGGCGCCGCCUUUGCUCGGAUCAUUCUCUGCCCUUCCGCACUUUGCAACCCCACCGCGGGCCUGCUGACGCUGGAAGUGCUCCCACAGUAUCCUGGAGGCCCAGGGGUCGCAGAAGUGUUGGACUCCCAAUCUGAAGAGCAGUACGACCACGCAGUUCAUGCUUUGCAUGACCAACCUGCUGGGCUUCGUCUGCUCUUGGACACCGACGGCAGUCCAGCGCUCAUGCUUGACGGAAGGCUCCAGGAUCCAGCGAACGGCCGCCAGCAGCUCUGCGUCGAGGUGUCCUCGCAGGAUGCACUGCAGAAUGUGCUCCUGGAGAUCCAGGCACUGGAUGCGGAAUGUUGCAAUGCACCAGCUCUUUGCACAGAGGGCUGUGCCAUGUGGCAGGCACUGUCAGGUGCGCGGCGUGGCCUGGUGUCUGUGUGCCUGGCGGCCCUUGGACCUUUGGGAGAUGUGCCAGCCACGUGGACUUAG